GUGGGUGGGUGGGUGGGUGUGGGUGUGUGGGUGGGUGUGGGUGUGUGGGUGGGUGUGGGUGUGGGGUGUGGAUGUGGGUAUAAGGGUGUGGGUGGGUGUGGGUGGGUGCGGGUGUUGUUCUUUCAGUUACACCAACACCCACUCACACCCCACACCCACACCCACACCCACACCCACACCCACACCCACACUCACACCCACACCCACACCACAACCACAGCCAGCCACACCCACACCCCACCCACACACACAGCUAUUAUUCAUACCUGCAAUAUAUUACUGCGUAAUGAAUAAAAACAAUUAAGUACAUGACGCAAUAUGCAUAAACUUUUCAAAUGUGCAAUAGCUCAUACCAAACAAACUACGCAAUAAAUCCAGAUAAAAAAAGGAUAUCCAGUACGAACCCUAGACAAUAAAAAUACGCAAUACACACUAUAGAAACACAAAUAAAAUUCUACAACAAUCGAGUAAAAAACUACUCCAUAAGUCUAAACAUAUUCCAAAUUCGAAAAACUUUUGGAAGAGACAAAGCAUUUUCAUAGAAUAGAGCCCUAUAUCAACUAAACAGCUCAUGAAUAUCCGAUAAUACAUACUAUGUUCCAGACAUGAACAAAAAAAUUCAGACCCCAAAAAACCAAUCCAUCCACACAAUCCUAUCAUUCUCAAUUAAACACAGAAAUUCAAACAUAUGUAUUUCUAGACUUCCGCUAGUUCAACAUCACAACAUUGUAUUCUACACAUUGUUCAUGUUCCACAAUAAAUCAAUUGUUCAUUUAUCACAUUCGAUAUUAUUCUUGCAAGUUUUAUUAUUAUUCUACUAGAACAAAAUCCAUGUUAUGUUUAUCAUACGUAUAUAUUAUUUAUAGCAACUAUUAACAUGAUUAAUCUUUUCUCUAUUUAGAGAAUUUAAUUUUGUAUUUGUUAUGAAGGUAGUACAGGUCAAGGAACUAUUACUAUUAUUGAUAUUGGUUGUGUUUUAGCUAUGAUCAAUGUUAGUGAUCUUUGA